UUUGUGAUGAUUUUGAUAUUUAGUUGUGGUGGGCUUCCUGUGCUUAUACCGGCUGAUUCAUCAUUAGGAGAAAAUGGCUGUCUCUUCAAUACUAGAGAUCUUUGAAGGUCCAAAUGGCGGUGUUCUUGCUGUCGCUACUGGUUUAUUCCUAGUCCUUAUCACUACACUCCUGUUGGUGUUCUUGAGGAAAGGUGGAAGGAGGGGGAAUGCCGUUCUUCUUGUCGGCCUGACAGAUUCUGGUAAAACACUAUUAUUUAGCAGGCUAACAACUGAGAAAUAUGUGAUGACCCACACAUCAAUGAAAGAAAACAAAGGCUCUUACACCUUAAAAGGAAAAAAUCAAGGAAAGACUCUGGAUGUUAUUGAUAUUCCUGGUCAUAGUAGAAUAAGAUUCCAAUUUCUGGACAAGCAAGAAGGACAGGCAAGAGCCAUAAUAUUUGUCAUUGACAGCGUCAACUUCCCAAGAGAAUUGAAGGAUGUGGCUGAACAAAUGUAUGACAUACUUUGCAAUAAGCACUUGUCGAAGGCUGCAGUUCCAAUAUUAGUAGCUUGCAAUAAACAAGACAUGACAACUGCGAAGUCUUCAAGGGUCAUCAAGCUUCAGUUAGAGAAGGAAAUAAAUACUCUUCGUGUGACUCGCUCGGCUGCCCUUCAAGGAACAGAUGGCUCCUCCAAAGAUUCAUUUAUCGGCAGGAAGGGAAAAGAUUUCGAAUUUGCACAUGUAGAGCCAGUGAAAGUAGAGUUUGUAGAAUGCAGUUGUAAAGGUGAUACUGAAGGCAAAGACCCCGAUAUCAAUGCUGUAUAUGACUGGAUUAACAAAGUGGCUUAGGGGACUGGUAGAUAAAGACUAUGGAAGAAACAAAGGAGGAAGAUUUGCUGACCGACUACAUGUAUGUGACUACCCGACCGACCGAUUGACUGGCUGACUGACUAACUGACUACCAGAUAUAGACACACAGACAGAUAUAGACACACAGAUAAGGAUAGAUGGACAAAAAAGAAAGAGAAAUAAGGAAGAAAGAAAUGAGAGAAAAGGUAACAUAAGAUAAGAAAACAAACGAUGAGUGGAAGAUAUUCUACCAAGAAAUAGAAAGAAAAAGAAUGAAAUAAAGACUGAAUAAAAAGGAAAGGAGAAUCAAAAAGUAAACAGACAGACAGAGUGAGAAGCAUAUGACAGCCUGACUUAUUAUUAUAAAGGUGUACGAUGUUUACCAUGUAAAGUCAAUCUACACAGCCUUGUGUUCAGUAAAAUAACAAAAGAUAGACUAUAAAUAUUCAAAACUACUUGAAGGAAUAUAACUAUUAUUUUUCGCUAGCCAGAUCGGGAUUUAAACGCAAAAGUACUUUAUUUUUCCCCGCGUAUCUUACUUCGCAUUAAUAUUUUUUCUCGUUGGAUCGUGCAUCAUAAAAAACAAUAAAUGAGAUAAUAUUUCAUGUUACAUUCCACUGACUGAUUCAUUAGAUGCCUACUUUUACAAUUCUAUGAUGGUUCUUAGGCCCCGUCCACACGUAUCCGGAAAUUUUUGUAUCCGCAAAUUUUUUUUGCGGAUACGAAAAUGUUUGCGUCCACACGAAGCGUAUUCGAAUCGUUUUCACCGUCCACACGUAUCCGUUUUCGUAGAAUUUGCGGAUACGGUCACAAAAUUUUGCGGACACGUGCUGGACGCAAACCCUAUCCGUAAAAAAAAAUUGCGGAUACAAAAAUUUCCGGAUACGUGUGGACGGGGCCUUAUAUUGCGCAUGGAUUGCGGUAAAAUUGCUGCUUGCAAUUUUGCUCUGCUUAUUUCUUAAAGAGCAUAUUGUAUGAUGAGAUCUCGUGUAGGAAUAACGGUUAUAUAUAUCAGCAAUAAAUGAUCAAGCGCA